AUCAUGAGGCCGUGAAAGUCAUAUGAUUGCGAUUUAACGAAUAUGGCGUCGCAUUUGUUUUGUGGCAGAGUAAACCUAAAUAUUUUGAGAGAGGCUGCACGAAAAGACCUGCGUGAAUUUUUAGAUAAAUGUUCGGGAAGCAAGGCCAUUGUUUGGGACGAGUAUCUUACUGGACCUUUCGGGUUAAUUGCUCAAUAUUCCCUUUUGAAGGAACAUGAGGUCGAGAAAAUGUUCACUCUCAAAGGGGGUCGUAUACCAUCGGCUGCCGUCAAGAAUAUUGUCUUUUUUGUCCGACCGAGGUUGGAAUUGAUGGACAUCAUUGCAGAAAAUGUUGCAAGUGAGGAUAAAUUACAGCCCCGAGAUUUCCAUAUUCUGUUUGUGCCUCGCCGGAGUCUCCUGUGUGAGCAGCGUCUGAAGGAGAAAGGGGUUCUUAACUCGUUCACAAACAUCGACGAGUACAUUCUGGACCUUAUACCUUAUGAUGGAGACCUUCUUUCCAUGGAGUCUGAGAGCUCAUUUAGGGAGUGUUAUUUAGAGAAUGAUCAGACAAGCCUGUAUCACGCUGCUAAGGGCCUCAUGACUCUGCAAGCACUUUACGGGACGAUACCGCAGAUCUUUGGCAAAGGAGAGUGUGCAAGGCAUGUGGCCAACAUGAUGCUGCGGAUGAAGAGAGAGUUUGCAGGUCAUGCUCAAAUCCUGCCUGUGUUCGACACACUUCUCCUGUUGGAUCGUAAUGUGGACUUGCUGACACCAUUAGCCACUCAACUUACUUACGAGGGUCUUAUCGAUGAGAUCUACGGCAUCACCAAUGGUUAUGUGAAGCUUCCUCCUGAGAAGUUUGCACAGAAGAAACAGGGAGAAGGUGGGAAAGAUCUUCCCACUGAGCCCAAAAAACUGCAGCUCAACUCAGCCGAGGAGCUUUAUGCCGAAAUACGUGACAAGAACUUCAACGCUGUCGGUGCGGCUCUCAGCAAGAAAGCCAAGAUCAUAUCAGCCGCGUUCGAGGAACGACACAAUGCAAAAACUGUUGGGGAGAUUAAACAGUUUGUUUCCCAGUUGCCUCACAUGCAGGCGGCUCGCAGCUCACUGGCUAAUCACACCUCCAUCGCUGAACUCGUCAAGGACAUAACGAUCUCAGAAGCCUUCUUUGAGAGUCUGACCGUUGAACAAGAGUUUAUGACUGGAGUGGACACAGACAAGGUCAGCACGUAUAUAGAAGACUGCAUUGCACAGAAAGACCCGCUGAUUAAGAUCCUGCGGCUGGUGUGCAUGCAGUCCGUCUGCAACAACGGCCUCAAACAGAAAGUCCUCGACUACUAUAAGAAGGAGAUCCUUCAGACGUAUGGAUACGAGCACAUUCUGACCGUCAAGAACUUGGAAAAGGUUGGGUUACUCAAACCUCAAAGCACCAUGAGAAACAACUACCCCACAAUCAGGAAAACACUCAAACUGUGGAUGGAGGACGCCAAUGAACAGAACCCGAACGACAUCUCGUACGUGUACAGCGGCUACGCCCCGCUCAGUGUGCGCCUGACUCAGGUUCUGGCCCGGCCCGGCUGGAGGAGCAUCGAGGAGGUGCUGAAGAUCCUGCCCGGACCACACUUUGAGGAACGACAGCAGGUUCCCACGGGCCUUCACAAGAAGCGUCAGCCAGGAGAAAACCGCACCACCCUGGUGUUCUUCCUCGGCGGAGUGACUUAUGCUGAAAUCGCUGCUCUGCGCUUCUUGUCCAACAUGGAAGAUAGUGGGACUGAGUACAUUAUAGCAACCACCAAACUGAUCAACGGAACCAGCUGGAUAAAGUCUCUCAUGGACCAUCCUGAGGAAAACGUACCUUAAAGAAGCCACUGCUGUUCAGAUGAGCGUCCUCUCGUCUCU